UGAGCCGGAGAUUGUCAUUACCUCCCUGUUCUUCAGCUGUCGUGAGCGUGUUAGGAGUUGUUCGCUCCGCUUGACAAAGCCAGGUAUCGCAAAGAUGUGCAAGUGGAUUACAUUUCUACCUGUUCUCAUUGUCCUUUGGGCUGGAGCAGUAGUCUCGACAGAGGUCGAGAGAAGAGCGUUCGAACUGGAGGACACGGAACGUGACGAAGAGAAGGCAAAUGAACAAGGGAGGUUUUUCGGAAUUUUCAGAUGCGACGACAAAGGAUGUGAAAACCAGGGCGGGGAAUGUGGACAACACUGGUUCAAUCGUUGUAAGCGGAGAAUCAAUGGACUGUGCGAGGGAAUUUGCACUUGCUGUAUCCCUUGUGGAGGCUCUUGUGGUUCCAACAAUACAGGUAUCUGUCGAACUAGCUGCAGUUCUUCCGAGUAUGAAGCCGGAGAUAAUAACAAGUGUGGAAAUUUUGGAUGUAGCUGCUGCGAGAGAAAACCUGACUGUGGAGGAGCCUGCGGCGCUGAUGGCUCGGGUACCUGCAAACUAGGCUGUGACCCAAGUAGUGAGCGCAAAAUCUCCGGGACCUGCAAGCAUCCUGCCUGCGAGUGCUGCCAGCCAAAACCAGGAUGUGAGGAGAGAUGCGGACAGAAUAACCACUUCUACUGUAGACGGAAGAACGCUUGUUCCUUUUGGGACUGGAGGAUAGGCAGUUGCCCUGGAAAUAACUGCCGCUGCUGCAGGAAAUAACGGACAUCUGAAGUGGUCUUUGACAAGAAGUCCACGAGCACAUGGAGCACACGCACACAUAUACAUGAAUACUUAGAUAGUACAUACUGUACCAUUCACUUCUCACGUUCCCUGGAUUUGCCCUUCUGUACCAACACCAAUCUGUUAUGUCUUGGUAAUACUUUCCGUCUCUUUGUACUAUCUCCUCCCAGGAUUUCUGAAUUGAAUCCAUUUUUCUCUUUUCUUACCAUAGUCACCAUUCCACAAAUAAAAUGA